UGAAGGGGGUGUUGUAAUGCUGAUAGCAAACACAAGUAAACAGUUUGGUUUAAAAUCUGCAUGGUCAUACACCGGCGUUGUGUGAAACCGAGGAGGAAUGAUUAACGUUAUUUACCUUUAGCUGCAUUUUAAAAGGUCUUACAAGCAGUGCAACGUGUUCUCAGAUCAAACGUUCAUUUCACAACUAACGUUAGCUUGCUAGCCAAGUUAGCGAGCUAGCUUCCAAGAUUAGUGUAGCUCUUGAGCUUCGGAAGUCAGCUGGAUAUCUAACAGCUUAUAUAUUUUCAUGAUCAAUAUAACUAAAAUCGGUCGAUGUAUGCUGCUGUUUCUUGUUAAACAUGGUGAACUCUCCGAAUGGAUCGUUGUUGGAGAAGGUUACGUUAGCCUGUCUGCUUCUUAGUUCGCUAGCCCGCAUUAGAUUGACAUGGUGCCUAGAAGUGCUUCCUUGUGAGCUUGAAAAACAAGCCUUCUCGUUUGCUGGCUGACUUUGUGUUUACCCAGGACUAUGCCGGAUUAAUCAUAGGAGGAAUUCUUUUGCUGUGGCAUUAGUGGAAGUCUGGAUUUGAUUCUUCCGGGGCUGCACCAGGGCGGCAGUGUGCAUGGACAUUUUGAGCAUGAGUGUGAACGACAAGCGGGGCUACCUGGUGGACCUUGGGGGCAGCUUCACUGAGGAUGCCCCUCGGCCCCCUGUCCCAGGUGAGGAGGGUGACCUGGUGUCGGGUGAUGGCCGCCAGUACAGCCACGGCUUCUAUGCCUCCAAGAGUGAGAGCCUGAGGAGUGAGGCCUCCACGGCCACACCCCGACGGCCUGACCUUGACCUGGGCUACGAGCCAGAGGGCAGUGCCUCACCCACACCCCCUUACCUGAAAUGGGCCGAGUCGCUGCACUCGCUCCUUGACGACCAGGAUGGCAUCCACCUGUUCAGGACGUUCCUCAAGCAGGAGGACUGCGCCGACAUGCUGGACUUCUGGUUUGCCUGCAGCGGCUUCCGCAAGCUGGAGGCCAGCGAUGGCAACGACGAGAAGAAGCUCAAGCUGGCCAAGGCUAUCUACCGCAAGUACAUCCUGGACAACAACGGAAUUGUGUCGCGACAGAUCAAGCCGGCCACCAAGAGCUUCAUCAAGGACUGUGUGAUGAAGCUGCACAUUGACCCAGCCAUGUUCGACCAGGCCCAGACUGAGAUCCAGACCAUGAUGGAGGAGAACACCUACCCUCUGUUCCUCAAGUCGGACAUUUACUUGGAAUACACAAGGACAGGUGGCGAGAGCCCGAAGCUAUACAGUGACCAGAGCUCGGUCUCAGGGAACGGCAAGGUGCUGCCGGGCUACCUGCCCACCCUGAACGAGGAUGAGGAAUGGCGCUGCGACCAAGAGCUGGAUGAGCAGCCCGAGAGCGACCCCACACCCAGCAGUCGGCUGACCGAGAAGCUGCUCUUGGACACGGCCCCACAGCGGGUGGCCAGCAGCAAGAGAUACCAGGACAGCCGGGAGUACAGGCCUAGUCAGUGGAGGGAGCCCGUCAACCCGUACUACGUGAACACGGGCUACGCUAUGGCCCCCGCCACCAGUGCCAACGACAGCGAGCAGCAGAGCAUGUCCAGUGACGCCGACACGCUUUCACUGACCGACAGCAGUGUAGAUGGAGUCCCACCCUACAGAUACCGUAAACAGCAUCGCCGGGAGAUGCACGAAAGUGCCAAAGCUAAUGGACGUGUGCCACUACCUCAUAUUCCUCGCACAAACCGGAUGCCAAAGGAUAUCCACGUGGACCCAGAGAAGUUCGCCGCUGAGCUCAUCAGCCGGCUGGAGGGCGUUCUGAGGGAGCGCGAGGCCCAGGAGAAGCUGGAGGAACGUCUCAAGAGGGUCCGGCAGGAGGAGGAAGGUGACGACGCUGACGUGUCGGCCGCCCCGUCUCUCUCGGGCCACCGCCUCCCGCCGGCCUCCUCCUCCUCGCUCCACCACAUGGCGCCGCACUCCCACUACGGCGCGCGCUACGCCGAGUGUGCCUACAACGGCCUGCCGCUGGCGCGCGACUCCCACGAGGAGAACCCCGAGAGCAUCCUGGACGAGCACGUGCAGCGCGUCAUGAAGACGCCCGGGUGUCAGUCGCCCGGCACCGGCCGCCACUCGCCCAAGUCGCGCUCGCCCGACGGCCUGCCUGCCACCGCCGCCGCCUGCUUCGCCAAGGGCCCGGGAGCGACCCCCAUGCCCAUGGGCCUACCGGCGGGCAAGCACCCGCACCCUGCCCGCUUCGGACCCAAGGGGUUGGAGGCAGGCGGGCCGCCCAUGCACCUGUACCACAAGCACGGACCGGGGCCAGGGGCAGGGGUGGGCGGCAAGCCCAAAGAGCAGCUGGACACGCACGGAGGCUUCGCCUGGCAGGCUGAGCCGCACCACUACAGCAGCAAGAGCAGGAACUACGCAGACGGCAUGAUUGCUGGGCCCGGGGGCAUGGAGCUCUCCGCACACGGCAGCAAAGGCAGCACGCUAGCCAAGCGUCCCUCGAAGAAGGCCGAGGACUCGUGGAACACGGACACGCCCCUGGGUUCCGAGGAGCUGGACCGGACCCGGAAGAUCCUGCAGUGGAUGAUGGAGGGUGAAAAAGAGGCUGGCCGCUACAAGAAGAGCCCCUAUGGGAGUGUCUCUGGAUCCAAGAAGAGCCACGAGACGUCGCGGCCAAGCUCGGUGGAGCGUCCGGGUGCCGUGCACCCGUGGGUGAGUGCGCAGCUCCGCAGCAACACUGUGCAGCCGUCGCACCCCUUCAUCCAGGACCCCACCAUGCCGCCCAACCCCGCGCCCAACCCCCUCACCCAGCUGGAGGAGGCGCGGCGGCGCCUGGAGGAGGAGAGGAAGAAGAGCACCACGUUGCAGAGCAAGCAGAGGUAUGUGCUGGAGGUGAUCCAGAGGGGGCGCGCCGCCGUCCGGCCCGCUCUCUUCCCCCCGCUCAGCGUGGUCCCGGCCGUCUCCGACACGGAGCUCUCUGAGCCCGAACACAAACCGGUGAAGAAGCAACCGUGCGACAACAUCACGGUGGCCUACUACUUCUGCGGAGAGCCCAUCCCCUACAGAACCUCAGUGAAAGGGAGGAUCGUCACACUGGGACAGUUCAAGGAGCUGCUGACCAAGAAAGGGAGUUACAGGUAUUACUUCAAGAAAGUGAGCGACGAGUUCGACUGCGGGGUGGUGUUUGAGGAGGUGCGCGAAGAUGACGCAAUCUUGCCCAUCUUCGAGGAAAAGAUCAUCGGGAAAGUGGAGAAGAUCGAUUGAGGCCGAGUCCAUGGUGUGAAGACGGCAAAAGAACGAGAGAGAGAAAGCGAGACUGUGAUGAGGAAAACCUGAAGCAUGAUGGUGGUUAUUGGAGUGCUGAAAUGGCUUCUGAGAGAGAGAGAAAGAGAGAGAGAGAGAGAGAGGGAGGGAGAGAGGGAGGGAGAGAGAGAGAGAGAGAAAGGGAAAAGUGGGCCGCAAGCAGGUGCAGAGUAAAUGGUAUGGGAAUGUGUUUUUCAGCGGAGGGCUAGAGGCUGAGGUUGCACGCAUUAGACUGAAGGAUUCUCCCCGAGGGUCACGCUGGAACCCCAUGCUAAUGGCACCAGGGGCUUCCACCUUUGCACACGGACUGUUGGAUUACUCCCCCAGCUGCUAGUGGACUCAGUCCAGCUGUUAGUGCUCUGUGCAUGGGAUGGAAAGCGACAAACAAGAGACUGGAAGAAUGAACUGAUGGAGAAUGAAGCAGAAGAAGAAAGAGGAAUCAUACUCUUACCUUGUUUUGGUAUAUUUCUAACUGAAAUGUAAUGUAGCAUUGCGAAAGACAAAAGUUUGACUAGGACAAAAACAAAAUUACUAUGAAUCUGUUUACUAAAGCUGCAUAUUUUUGAUAUGAUGUUAUCAAACGGAAGGUAUCCUUUCUAAUGUAACAACUUGUAAUUUUUUUUAUAUGUACCUGGUACCAGAUGUGUACAGAUUGUUUGUUUUAAACAAGAGAGUUAAAAAGUUUUAUAUCUAUUUAAAUAUUUAAAAGACAAAGCUAUUUGAUUGAGAUCUUAUCGAAGCUGUGGCGCAGUAUCUGAGGUUGUUCUCAGGGCCUAAAUCUCUGGAGCCUGUGUGGGAACCUAGACACCAUAGCCCCCAUGUAUUACCAAGUGCUUUUAACCCCCCCAUGAUUCUGCUAUUUAAUCGCCCGUAGUCCGCUGGCAUUAGUCCUCUCUGCACUUCUAAUUGCAUUAAAAAAGACAAAAAGGAAAGUCGCCUUGAGACUCCCUAACCCCAUGAGGAUGCCUUCUGUAGCUAUUGGAACCAAUACUGAUUACUGAAACAACGUUUUUGGACAGCGAGAUACACAGUGUGUUGUGUACUAGCGAGAUACACAGUGUGUUGUGUACUAGCGAGAUACACAGUGUGUUGUGUACUAGCGAGAUACACAGUGUGUUGUGUAGUCGAGGCCUGUCCCAAAUUGUAGUAGUGGUGCAGCAGCCCACAGACAUGUCGGGAGCUGCAUGUGAAAGACACCCCUCUGCUUUGAAAAAGGCCAGUUCCGGCCUUAUUAAUUCUCCUUCCAAACUACUUUGAACCCCCUGUUCUGCUCCCCAAGUGAAACACAAACACAGACGUCGACUGGAAGAAUGGCUUCAUUCAACAGCAGGUGGUAAAUGUCAGCCAGUGAGCGCACCAACUUGUAGGAACUUUAAACAGAGCUAUCAGCAUUUACUCAACUCCAGGGCUCCUGUGAGCCAUCUUAAGUGCUUGUGUAUUUUCACACUUCAGUGUGUGAAGAUGAGCGGCUUGUUGAAGUAUCAGCAUUUGUGAAGGGAUGGCGCUUUUUUUGUAUGUGUGUUGUGUGCGGGAGGCUUGUAAUCGUUGUGUUGUUGCGUGCACACAUCUUAGAGGGUGUGUGUGAGAUCCUAGGGUCCAGUGACAGAGUGCCAUUGGAUGAUUCAGUUAUCAUGUUUACACUUACCUUAAUGUAUUACGAUAAAAAUAACUAAAUGAUGAAUUGUAGCCUUUUAGCUUAAUAUGGCUAAUUUUGGUGCCUGGUUGGAAUGCAUUGUUAUACAAAAAAGUAAUUUUAGCAUAAAGAUUUUCUACAGAUCACAAACACCAAAGAGAACAGGGGUUUAAUACUUUUCACCCAUUUUGACAUUUUGUUAUUUUUUGUUUUGCUUUACUUAAAUAAUUUGAGUGAUCCAAACCAAGUUAUAUUUUUACAAUCGUGCACAUUGUUAUUUGGUAAUAUUUUGUAAGAAGAUAGUACAAGAUGGUGCAAGACUGAGUGAGGUAGCCAUUGUGGUAGUAGUGUUUACAGAGAGGAACAGCUAGGAAGAAUAACACAAGGUUACUAUAACAUGGGCUUCGACACACUGAAGGCACUAUAUAGAGAAGUUUUGCUUUUCUGAAAAGACGUAGCUUAAAUUAAUUUGAAGAUCACUGAGCUCCACACUAUCAAAAAUCUUUUGAUAAGGAUUUCCUUACAAGUCUCCAUGUGCUGAAUACAACAUUUGAGGGGAAGGACGCAGACAUAUCUCUUAUUUGCGUUAUCCAGAUAAACUAAUUAACUAAAUAAAAAAUAGAUCAGAACGGCUUUUUCUCAAACUUGAACAGUAUCGGUACUCGAAUGUGUUGUCUUGAUUCCAUUGUCGUUGUGCCCCCUGGCGCUGUUGGCACGGGUAGAGGUGACCUCAGAAACAAAACGAAACCACCAUUACUGUGACGGCUGGCGCUGACGAGCUUGUCUCGCUGCUGCCGGCCUUUGUUGUACAUAGACAUCACCGAGUGCCUUUCUAACCCCUUCCCUUGCCUCCACUACAUAAUUUCAUCUCGCUUAGUUGUCUGUUUCCAGGGACAAGAAUCAUGUUUUUUUGUUGUUGUUUGUUUUUGGGUUGGUUGAUUUUGUUUUCCUUAGUGGCUACAUUAGUGUCUGUCUAAACGUCUGUCAGACAUGCAUCCUCACUCUUUGGAUAAACUCUUUUUCUAUGUAAAUAUGUACAUUUUUAAAAGUGGCUACCAGCAACACCAUUGGGAUAUGUACAGUAGUACUGUGGCUCUUCUCCUGGUGCUCUGAUUACCAGUGUGCUGGGUUGUACAGCUAUUAUUAUUUACAGGUACUUGAACAAUAAAGACAUGUAAUAAACCGGUAA